AAACAUUGUGUAACACAUGCAUCUUAGAAUUUACUGCACCAACGUAACGCUCUCGUUUUUUAAAUUAUUAUUCCGUUAUGUUUAAAGCUCUAAGGUCAUAGAAACGUUGUUAUUAUUAUGACCAAAAUUAAAAAAACAUGUUGGCAACGUGAGAAAGUGAUCACAAGAUUAGUCUCCAUCAGUCAGCAGCACGAAUCUGGUACAGGUUGUAGUGGAUGUGAUUUUGGUGUUACAUAUAUUUCUAUUUUAUAUUGUAAAUAUAUAUCAUUAGAGACUAAAAAUAAUCGUCGAUAUGACGAACACAGAUUUUAACGUGAAAUCCAUAAUACCUGCUUUGCCGGAUGAGAAAAUUGAUAUGCUCGCUGCAACGAGUGUGUUGCAGCAGCAAGCAACGGAAAUUCGUACCCAACGGGUGAACUGGCAGUCUUAUCAUCAAUCUCAGAUGAUUUCACAGGAAGACUACAGUUUCAUUGUGGCAUUUGACAAUGCUGAUGCAGCCAGUCGUGAAGGACUGCUUCGUGAUAACCGUAACCAGUGUGCAAGAACAUUCCUCAACUUGUUGGGGCAUGUGUCAAAGGACCAGACCAUACAGUAUAUCUUGAUAAUGAUAGAUGAUAUGUUGCAGGAGGACCAUUCACGUGUAGAAAUUUUCCGUGAGCAUUCUUCUAAGAAGCGAGAAACAGUGUGGGGUCCUUUCUUGAAUCUUCUGAAUCGCCCUGAUGGUUUCAUCAUGAACAUGACAUCAAGGAUAAUCGCAAAGAUUGCCUGCUGGAGCCAGGAACUGAUGGAUCGCUCAGACUUGCAGUUUUACCUCACCUGGCUGAAAGAUCAGCUGAAGCAGAACAGUGAAGCACUAACGGAUGCAAACUUGCAUGGUUCGCGUGCUGUACAGGAUUUGUCUCCAGAUUCUGUGCCUGAAACACCAGCCGAGCAGCAUGAGGAGAAUCUGAACAACGAAUACAUGCAGUCAGUGGCGCGAUGUCUGCAGAUGAUGCUACGUAUAGAUGAGUACAGAUUUGCAUUUGUAGCUGUAGAUGGUAUCUCCACCCUUCUUGCCGUUCUUCAGGGACGAGUGAACUUCCAGGUCCAGUACCAACUGAUCUUCUGUCUCUGGGUUCUCACCUUCAAUCCUCUGCUGGCCGAGAAAAUGAACAAGUUUAGUGUGAUCCCAAUAUUGGCCGACAUUCUCAGUGAUUCUGUCAAAGAGAAGGUUACUCGUAUCAUUCUGGCUGUGUUUAGGAAUUUGAUUGAGAAACCAGAAGAGGCUGCAGUGUCAAAGGAGCACUGUAUUGCAAUGGUACAGUGCAAAGUACUCAAACAGCUGAGUAUUUUAGAGCAGCGCAAGUUUGAUGAUGAAGACAUCGUGGCUGACAUUGAAUUCCUGAAUGAAAAGCUACAGGCUUCAGUUCAGGAUCUCAGUUCGUUUGAUGAGUAUGCAACAGAAGUGAAAUCUGGCCGCCUGGAGUGGAGUCCUGUACACAAGUCACCUAAGUUCUGGAGAGAAAAUGCACCCAGACUCAAUGAAAAGAAUCAUGAACUUUUGCGGAUAUUGAUUCACCUCCUGGAAUCCAACAGAGACCCUCUGGUGCUGAGUGUUGCAAGCUUUGAUAUUGGCGAAUAUGUCCGCCACUAUCCACGAGGGAAACACGCUUGUUGCAGUGUCAUUGAGCAGCUGGGAGGCAAGCAGCUGGUGAUGCAGCUGCUUGGUCAUGAAGACCCAAAUGUGCGAUAUGAGGCUCUGCUGGCAGUACAGAAACUGAUGGUGCACAACUGUGCAGGUGAGCAAGGUGGAAUGAAGGGGAUACUACAGGAGUCCAUACUGUUGCACAGAAACAUGAAAAGUGAAACCUAGGUACCAGACCAGAUACAGAUCAGAAGCUAAUAAGCAAGGAUGUGAUGAUCUGCCAGCUGGUCAGACUUGUUCCACACCACAAUUUUGACCAUGCAUGAGUAUGGAGCUUUUGAAAAUUGAAAGAUUCAAACAUUAACUCACCUCAUUGCCAAUUUGUAUACCAUAAAUUCAACAUAGACUGCUCUGCGGUAAGUUAAUGAACAACUAGCAUACAUUUCUUUCUUGACGAAACAUCACAGUAAAUAAGAUCUAAAAGUUUGUGACAGUGGUACAUUAGACAAAUAUUGUUUCUUGACAUUAUUUUAGAUGAAAAGAGAAUGUUGGAUAAUGUCCAGAAACAUAAUAUUUGUAUCGCAGUAAAUGGUUAUCGCUCCUGCUUUGUAUUUUGGAGGUCCCAGAUACAAAUCUUAUCCCAGAAACUGGCUGUCUGAGUUUUUUAGGGGUUUUCCCGAAUCCUCUAAGGCAAAUGCUGGGACAGUGCCUUAAAUUAGGCCACAACCACUUCCUUGUACAUCCUUUACAAUUCGUUAUUCACUAUUCAUCCUAUCACUUGACACUGAAUUAGCUUAACAAUUCUAAAUGUCAUUAAAACAAGUAGAAAUGUUUUUUCACUGAGAAAAGGAGUAAAAAAAAAUAUACACAGAGAAAUGAUUAUACAUUUAUCUUCAGUAUUUGCCUUUAGUGUCUGAAAAAUUGAUACUGAUGCUGACAUAUGUUUAUUGUUAGGGCAGUGAUGUUAGUUUUUGUUUAUAUGAAGUUGAAUGUAAGACAUGUAAAUAUGUAAGCAAAUAAAACCUGGGGGACAGUAAUUCAAUAAGAGAUGGUAUGACUCAAAGCCUUCGUGUACUCUGCUUCAUGUUUUCAAACAUAAUAUUUUAAUGCAACUGAAGGAAUGUUACAGAUUGAAAACAUGGGAAAAAGUUGUCAACUGGGAUCUCAACUCAUCCUUUUUGUUUACCAGAUUAUGGUCAUGCCAUACUUACCAAAUGAGGGAAUCCACUUAAAGUAGUCAAAAAUAAAUUAUUUUAAGAGAUAUCAACUUUAAAUGCAGUAAAACCUCACUAGUUCAGACCACCUACAUGUAUAUUUUGGACUGCUUUCUUUUUUAUUUUAUUUACAGCAAGGUUGACAAUCUUGCUCUGUAAAAAUACUAUUGUUGCAAAAUUCAUAGAAGCGAAAACUGGAUCAAAUCAGGCAAAAUCUUCUAAGGAGGGCUGAAAAGGGGCAGUUUUGCCAAUGAUAAUGACUUUGGUUACACAGAACUGAGUCUUCCUAAAUGAGAAUUUAAUAAUACAAUUUCCCAUGUCCUGUUGGCUUAGAUAAGCAUCAAAUUUGAAUAACUUGUCAUCAUUAACGUUUUAUAUUCUUGUGUACUGUAUGUAAAAAAUUAUUUUAUGUACCCAGUUCUAAAACAUAUGUAAUUCUCUACAUCCACUUACAAUUUGCCAAAAAACUAACGACACAAAAUAUUUCUUCUUAGGACUGUAUUUUCCAAUUUCACUUUUAUAUGCUGUGUCAUUUUUAUUAUAACUGUGAGAGCUUGCUGAACAUGGUUCAUUAUAAAGGUGAGCAGGAGUGCUACUGCACUGACGUAAGUCUGGCAGCAAACAAACUGUAAGCCUGAAGGCUCGAGACCUAACUUGUGUCUGGCAAAGUCAGUACAAUACUGAAUUUAUAAUGAAACUAGAAAACAGCACUUGCCCAGCUGAGGUAAAGUCCAAAAAUCCCGUAAUUCUGUAUGUUCAGACUUCAUGUGGGCUUUAUGCUGAGAAAUUAACAGAUUAAAGUAUAAUGCCUCUUUCCAGGGUUCCAGCCUCCAUGACAAAACAAGAAUGAAAAACUCAACAGAUCACAGGGGGAAGUUAAAAGAACAAUUCCUUGACAUGCCUCAAAUGUUAAACCAGUCCACACUUAUAGUCUCUUCCCUAGUCUGACAGAAAUCAUCUCCAUUCUUUGCUCAUUGCAGCAAACUAUAAUGUGCAUGUUAUUAGACAUAAAUUCUGUUUCAUUUCCAGCCACUGACUCUUUAUUGUGUGAUACCUAGACAAGCUAGAACUUAUAAUGGCAUUGCUUACAAAUUUAGAAUUGCAAUAUCAAUUUAACAACCUGUAAUCCAUCUGUGAUAUUGUGACCAAUAUUAUGUGCAUUAGUCUUACAUAUAAAAAAUGAAGUGAAUAUGAAAUUCAUCAAGAUGGAAAGCAAGUGCUGAAUAAAUGCAAGAGCUCCAUUACAGAGGAGCCCCUAAUCAAAAUAUAGUAUAAACUCUUUGUAAUAUAUACAAAUUUUUCACAAAUAGUCCAUGUAAUUGAAAUUUAAAUAUUUAUCAAAAAUGAAAUUCCAAAACAAGUCAUCUAUGUGGAUUAUUCUGAUAUGAACUGUGCCUGCAGUUCAUCAUAUAGCUAACCUGUAACUUAGCUGUUACAUGUGUACUUUAACAUACUUGAGUUAACUGUAAGUGAAGCUUCUGACAUUUCUAUUUAAAUUUUCUACACUUUGUCCAACACUCUACCCCAAACUAUGAAAUCUAAUGAACUGAGAUCAGAUGAAUGGGGAGGCUAAAAAAUUGGGUGAUGUUACAAAAACA